AAUCACAACGCCUUUGCGGCUUGUGUAAAUGUAGCGUGGGCAGCUAGUUCAUUAACGCGAAAUGUAGCCGCUGCUCCACGAUCAAACGUAAUGUUGGUGAAGUGUAAAUGUCCCGUAAACAUCGGCUGAACAUUAACAGACAAGAGGAUGUUUGUAGUCGUCGAGAUGGUGGACACCGUGAGGAUUCCUCCGUGGAAUUUCCAUCGGCAGCUCAACGACGCCAUCGCUGAAGAGCUCAACAAGAAACUGGCCAACAAGGUUGUGUAUAAUGUUGGCUUGUGUAUCUGCUUGUAUGACAUCACUAAACUGGAGGAUUCCUACAUAUUUCCUGGAGAUGGAGCUUCUCACACUAAAGUACAUUUCAGAUAUGUGGUGUUUCAUCCAUUCCUGGAAGAAAUUCUGGUUGGGAAGAUCAAGUAUUGCAGUCAAGAAGGAGUGCAUGUCAGCCUUGGAUUUUUCGAUGACAUCUUAAUCCCCCCAGAGUCCUUGCAGCAGCCUGCGAAGUUCGACGAGGCAGAGCAGGUGUGGGUGUGGGAAUAUGAGACGGAUGAGGGCGCCCACGACCUCUACAUGGACCAGGGUGAGGAGAUCCGCUUCCGGGUAGUGGAUGAGCUCUUCCUAGACACGUCUCCUACGGGGCCGAAAACGGAGCAGGAGGCACCCCCGAGCAGCACGACGCCUGCAGCGGCUGCGGACGACAGCACACAGAAGAAAGAGACUCCGUACACGCUGCUAGGCUCCAUCAGUGAACCAGGGCUAGGUCUGCUCUCCUGGUGGAACAGCUAGUAACAGGAGAUGCUCUGACCGCACCACACCUCCCACCCUCCCACCAGGUGAAACUGAUUUGCAGGGAGGAACUGAUGUCCAUGUUUGAGUGCAGCAAUUCUGCAUGCUGGUGUCAUCAUUAUUAAUGCAAGGGUCACAUUGUCCAGAGGCCCUGCGUGGACUUAUAGGAAGGUGCAUUGUUUAGUAGGAAAACUUCCAAUGGCAGAAUUUUGCCUCUCAAUGAUGACUGUGGAAACUGACAGGGAACUUUGUCUUUCUCGUGUGGAUCUCUGUGAUCUUACCAUGACAUUUUGGAUUGAGGCUUCAAGCCCUCAUAGGAGUGAUGGACAGGCCAUGGGACCAAUCGGUGGUGAACACUACGAGUCAUCACUGCUGCUACGUAUGGAGAGUCUGUGACCUUCCUCACAGAGUCAAGCAUCCUGUGUCCAUCUUGGCUGUAAUCUGAUCACGUGGCAGCACCUGCCACACACCAGGGGUGCAGCCAUUGUGAAUCUAUUUUUAUUGAUUUUUUUAGCAUACUUUAAGACCUUAGAAAAGAAGGUAAAUCUCACCCUGUUCAUGAUGCAUCUCAUUGCUAGAUGGUGUGCAGAUGUAUUUAAUUUGAUGCUAGCCUUUUAAAAAAUAACCCUAUAAAUUUUUUUUUUUUUGGGACAGAAUUUGCUUUGACACUAGCUGAAUGGAUGGCUGCUUUAUAAUGUUGCUAAAAUGUAUUAAAAACUUCUAUUCAAAUGAA